AGGAGUCCUUUCCGCCUCAACUGUGAGCAUUAAUAAAGCAGAAAAAAAGUUGUAAUGGUUUGCACGAGAUACCUAUAGUUUCACCUGCAUUCUGAUAAUAUCAUUCAACCACUUUUGAUCACUUUUCUUCAUUCUUCUAGACCUCUCCAGUUGUCCCUUUUUUCCCCAUUUACAAUCUGUUGGUGGUACAAAGCUGAUGAAUUUUCAUGCUUAUAUGGAAGAAGCAAGGAAAAAAGCUACAGAUGCAAAUUUCCCCAGAAAGCUGGACUUCAGUUUACCACUCUUAUCGACUAGGCGGCUUGGCGGAUUCCAUAGUACAAGUUCAGGCAUCGUUUCUCAGGAUGCAAGUGAUGGGAUCCCAUUUUGCUGGGAAAGAGCGCCCGGUAAACCGAAAAAUACAGAGCAGAAUGACAUCCAUGAUGGUGAAACUCCUCGUCCGAGGCUCCCACCCUGCAGAUGGCAGCCAGAGAAGAAGACAAGUAGAAAUGAUAAUGUCAACACUCACUAUCAGGAUGAUGGCUGUGAUGCUGAUGUUGAUGAAAAUGGCGACGAAGAUGAGGAUGAUUUGUUCUCGGACGCUGUAGACAUAUUAUCACUGACAGAAGCAAUAGACAUUGUUCAGAAAGCCGAAGAUGAUCACGGAUUAGAUAGACUAAAUUUAGAGAGUAUCAACUCUACCGAAAGCCAGUCCCCAAAUUUCAUGAUUGAACGGUUUCUUCCUGAUGCUACUGCAUUAGCUGCAUCAUCUGUAUUAUACGCGUCGAGAAAUUUGAACAAUAAUCUUCCUAAUUUUGGCGAAAAUUACGUCGAGGAAUAUGUUUCACAAACAGUUGGGCGAUCACAUUCUUCGGAGGCUACGCUGAAAGGUUGUGGUCUUGAAAUAUUGUCCCCCUGGCGUAUGAAGCAUAAGCUAUGUGGAGUAAAGAGCCCUGUGCGGCAAGUCUCGCCUACUCUGCAAUCUCUAUCUACUGCAAAACAAAAGAAACAUUGUUCAACUCAUAGUCCUUCUAGUAUUGAGACUGGUAAAGAAGGUUCAAGUUCAAGAACAUAACAUAAGUUUUCCUAUUCAAAAUAUAUAUGGAUUGUCUUCUCAAAUCCAAUUUAGGAAAACCCUCAAAUCCAAUUUAAGAAAAACUCAAA